CUUGACCCUGAUGGCGGCUGCUUUACCUCCGGAGUGGUUGGAAGAGGAGCUAACGUGCCCUGUCUGCCUCCAGAUCUACGCCGACCCGGUGAUACUGAACUGUAAACACAGCUUUUGCCGAGCUUGUAUUGAGGAAUCCUGGAAAGAGCCAGAAUCUGGCACUUACUCCUGCCCAGAAUGCAGAGCCAAUUACAGAGAGAGGCCUGUACUGAAAAGGAAUUUCAAACUGGCAAACAUAGCUCUGAAAUACCAGGCAGUGAAUGGAACUCCAGUAGCUUUACCCUGUAACUACUGCAGUAGGAAAAAACUAACAGCUGUCAAAACCUGCCUGAAAUGUGAGGCCUCUAUGUGUCCCAAGCACCUCAAACAUCACAGGGAAAACGCUGUGUUUAAAAACCACCCCCUCAUUGAUCCCACUGCAGACAUGUCUACAUGGAAGUGCAUAGAACACAAGAAACUGUUGGAGAUUUACUGUAAGGACGACAAAGUGUGUAUCUGCUGUCUCUGCCCUGUCGUGGGGAAACACAAGAACCAUAACUGUGUCAGUAUCGGUGAGGGGGAACAGGAACUGCGGGACCACUUGCAGCAGCAAAUCGAAAAAGUCCGAACAAAUACAACCUUAAUCCAAGCUGCUCUUGACCAUCUCCAAAUACAGAAGGAAAGUACCCAGACUCUGAUCAGAGAAACCAAACUCCAGAUUCAGGAGAAGUGUAACGCAGUACGGAAGUAUUUUGAGAAUGAAGAGAAGGAAGCUUGUAAAUACCUGGACAAGGUUCAGAGGCAUGUGACCAGGGAAAUUGAUGCGCAGAUACUUGAACUGGAAAACAAAAUGGAAGAAUUUGAGAAGAAUAUGUCUGAUUUCAGUGACCUUUUAACGAAGAACGAAAAGCUUAUUUUUAUACAGGGAUUUAAUUCAAUGGCAUUGAGAAUAAAAGCAGCAUCUGAACCACUAGCCCCACAGCCACCACCGCCUGAUGUCAACAAAAUAACAACGGAUAAGAUAAACUGGGUGCAGAAACAGUAUGAAGUGGUUUCCCAACUCGAGAGGGAUCGGGACAUAAUGGCAACUGUGUAUGGACAGACACCGACUUUGGACGUGGAGACUGCUCAUCGCAGUGUCAUUCUGUCAGGCGAUAGGAGAGUCAUGUCUGGGACCCAGUACAGGCAGCCCUAUCCCGCUAACCGCAAGAGAUUUGACGCCUGGGGUCAGGUGCUGUGCUCUGAGGGAGUCGACAGUGGCCGCUGUUACUGGGAGGUGGAGAUUGCCGGAGUCCGUGGCAAAUGGGCAAUUGGUGUCUGUUACGGUAGCAUAAAGCGAAAGGGUCGGGAUAAAGAAAGUGUGCUGGGGGAGAGCAGUAAGUCAUGGAUUGUGUGCUCCGAGAAUAAUAAUAAUUUGUGGAGUUACUUAUCAAGGUCCAGCUCUGUUUCAGCCCAGCACAAUGGUAAUAUCACAGACCUAGCUGUCCGAAUAUCCUCUAAGGUGGGAGUGUUUGUGGAUUUUGAUGCUGGAAUAAUCUCCUUUUACAGUGUAUCAGGCAACAAGCUAAGCCUGAUAUGUACUUUCCAGCAACAGUCAUUCUCAGAGACUCUCUACCCAGCUCUGAGAGUUAGUGAUUGGAACACGUCUCUGACUCUGUGCUCUCUCAACUGAUUCCUUUCUCGUCUCUUUUUAAACUUUUAUUCUUUGAAUAGUUCCCACACAAAAAGGAAGAACAUCUAUUGGAAUGAACCAAAGUUGCUCCCGGUAACAUUAUAACCCCAAAAUAUCUUGCUAAAUUCUUCUGGACGAGUUCAUUGACUACUUAAAGUAGGUUCCUUCUACCAAGAAAGCCACAGCUGAGAGCUUCACCCAGCAAUCAAUAAUGCUCCGGGAAAAGUUAGAGAAGAAAUUAAGAAAAUAUCAAAAAAUGGUGUUUGUUUAAGAAACAAAAUCCAGCUAAAUAUCUCUGCUUCGACAGAAAGAAGUGCACAAAUGGGGUUGAAAUUUGUUUUGGGUGGCAGUGAAGAAUAAGCAUUAAUUAAAUACUCUCAUUCCACCAUCUGCUUUCUAUUCCGUUAACGUCUUCCAUUUUGUACAGACGAGACAGAGCGGGGAUUGCCCAGAGAAUAUGAGUGUUGCUUUGGACUCUCAUUGCCACAAAUUUUAGUUGCAAAUUAAGUACUCUUUUUCUGUAGCUUGAAGAGGUACUCAAAAUACCACUAGCAAUAUCACCAUCUUGUUGAAUUCCUCUUUUCUAUCACUAUCCUUAUUCAUCCAGUGUCAGUUUCUAGUAUUCUUGGAAUGUGGGUUCUUUUUGAAGCUGAUUAUAUUGAAGAAGGUUUUUUAUGCACUAUUUUUCAUCCAGUUCAAAAGUUUUCAUCUAGCUUUCAUUUUUUUCUCAUUCAGAGGGCUGUGAUAGACUUGAUGGGUCACAUGUCUUCCUUUGUGGUUCUACAUCCAGAAAUGCUGUUAUACACAACUGUAUUUUUUUUAUCAUUUUCAAAUUUCCCAUUUUUUGUUACUGUUAACCAGCACCAGAAAACACUAGUGUUUUCCAGUUGAUUUAUUUACAUGCAAAACCUGUUAAGGGCAAUGCAGACCAUAAGGUGGUGGAGAGGCACCCUGUCUCUGUGCUUUGUGAAUUCCGUGAUGGAUCCUGCGUGAAAAUAGCAAAAUGGACCCAAAAUUGGCCAUGAGAGGAAGUGGAGGGACAGCUGAAGUGUUUGUGACUGGAGGCUGAUAGAAGUGGGGUUUAUAGACACUCGCUGUUAACACUGUUUCUCUCUCCACAGAUGCUGUGAGACCUGCUGAGUUUCUCCAACAUCUUCUGUUUUUAUUCCACAUUCCAAGCUGAUAUUAUUUCAGAGUCAGUUUGAGGAAACAAAAGUUAUGCAUGUGGUUCCUAUUCGGGGAGAGGUCUGCAAGACUGUUGAAUUUUGGUAGCAUUAGGAUAUGCUGGUGAUUUUAUUCAGUAGACAUGUCAGGAAAGUCCCAGCUUGAUCAUACAUGUGUGCGGUUUUGGUAGAUUUCAAAUGGAUCACAUUCAAUAAAAACCAAAGUUGGCCUCAGUGCCCAGAGAUGGAAAGCAAUAAGGCAUCUCAGACUGAGACCUGGUUCUGUGAACGUUGUUAAACAGGAUUAGCAAGUCAGUGUUGCUGCAUUACACAUAGUAAAAAUCCUCCUGAUACUAAUAUAGACACAUGAGAGAGUUACUGGGAAAUGAUUUAUGGAAACAGCCUCUGCAAGGAGCAAGCACAUAUGGCUGAGGAGGUAAACAGUGAAGCAAAAAGAUUAAAUUCUUCGACCAAAUGUAAUGACUGCUCAGGCACUGGGUUAAUACUGGGUACAUUGAUAGGAACCUUCUGGCUGUAUUCACUGAUCGAAGGGGAGCAAAACAAUGUUAUUUUAACCCACUUAGGGGAACACUGGGGAUUUGAUAUUUAGAUUUACCUUAUUGUGCAAAAGAAAUUGUGAGGCACUCUGUCAAUUGAACAGCAGAGGGUAGUGUUGCCUUUGUAAAAGGAUGUUAUAACAUUCAAUACUGCUGAUUCCCCCGAAUGACACAGAGUUAUAGUCACUAAGACAGCUGGGAAGAGCAACCAAGCUGAAUGGCAAGGUGGGAUUUUCCACUCCUUUUCCUGCCUCAUCCCCUGAAAUAAAUUAGGUUCUACCUAAAUGCAGGGUACACCAGCAGUAUUCCCAUUUGAAAGGAAGCAUUAAUCUUUCUGAGUUGGGAAGGCCCUGUGCCACUUCUGUACGUCAUCAGAGAAAAAUUCGAAUGAUGAUCUCCUGGGCUGUUAGGGAAUCCAGAAUACAUUGUGAAAAUUGAGCGCAUGGAUUUGGCACUUCAAGCUCCAGUGAUUUUGUUUGUAAUUACUGUGUUGAGUUUAUUACGGACAAACAAUGAAGGUAUUACAGAGUUUUGGGCUGCACCAGCUUCUUUCAAUUCCAUAUAAGUCACAUAACUCCAGCACCAUAAAUACUGAUUCAUACAACUAACAUCCCUUGCUGUUUUUAACCAUGGCUUGGGUCAACACCUCAGGGUUAAGCUUCGAGCUGAAAAAUUGAGCCUGUUGAUCUGCUGUGUAUUAACUUUGUCUUUUGUCCUGCUGUCAGAAGGAUGUACAGUGUUAUUCCAGCAUAAUACUUUCAAUCUUGCCCUUCUGAUGAAAAACAUUCAUAAGCUGUCAAACUUUGCACAUUUUCAAUAUCUGCGUUACAUUUUAGAGGAUAUUUUUCAUCUAAUUUCAUGUUCCAAAGAUCAACAGAAAGACUAGGCUUUCCUCAUAUCGAAAACUUCAGCUGUGAUGAAGUGUCAUCCAAGCUCGAAACAUUACCUUGCCUUCUCUUCAUAGAUGCCUGACCCAUUGAUAGAAGUGGGAUUUAUAGACACUCGCUGUUAACUCUGUAAUUUUUUGUUUUCAGUACAGAUUCCAGCAUCUGCAGUAAUUUUCCCUACAUUGAUGUUGGUUAAAGCCAAACCCAGAUGAAAAUCUAGUGAGAGAUUGACCCAGUGUACCAAGGAUUUGUCCCAACAUAAUUACUGGUGCUUUAAAUGUUGUUUGGACAACCUGAAUGGAAUUUGGGUGGUUUGUUGUUCCAUAUAUUAUAGGAGCAGUAAUGAUUUGGCCCUUGUAACAUAUUCAUGCUGAAAAUUUUAACUAUGAUCAGUGUGGAUCCAUGAUGUCUCUCCUCUCCUGGUCUGCUUCCUCCCUGACUCCUGAUAAACUAAACAAAUAUAUCCAGUUUUCCGCUAGGAGAACUCAGCCAGCUGAAAUGACAGCUUGCACUUAACCCUGCAUCAUCUGCAUGAUAAAGCCAGGAGCUGUUGGAACAAAUCAUUUCAGGAAAAAGGGACAACAGAUCUUGUUUCCUUCCUUCAGGUUAAAGCAUCGUAAUUAGUAGUAGAAUGCCUGCAAUGUUCUGCUUUUGUGGGGACCAGUUGUAAAUUACCUAUGUCUUCCUCACUCAGGAAUUAAUCUACGUUCAUUGUUCACCUCAUGUGGACUGGCCUGUAGAUUGUAUGUUGUUCGGGAUAGCGGACUAUUCAGACCUCAAAGCAACGGGGAAUGAACCGCUCUCACAAAGUCUAACAAGGUUGUGAACAACUUGAUUUUGAACAUAUUUAUGAGGUAACUACACCUAGCAAUCAAAACAGUCCUCCAAGAUUGUUUUUAACAUCAUAUGUAUUUCAUAACAUUUAAUUUUUGGAUACACUGCAAGUUAUAGCAUGUUCUAUUUUUAUACAUUGCUUUCAGUUAUUCACAAAUUCCAGAGAGUUGUUGCUUGAUAUCUGUGACUUUCAAGAAUGAAUUACUCUCAACUUCAGUUCUGUGCAGUUUUUAGAAGGUUUUUAUAUUAAAAAUAUUUUCAUAUAUUUGCCUUUGCAGGUAUAAAUAUGCUGUUGAGAGUAUUUGUGCUGGAUUGUUAGUCAUAUGAUCGAAGAUUAACUAAGCUGCUCUUAGUCACAGGACAACCUUUGUGCUCAGUUUUCCUGCUUAUGUUUAUUUUUAUCUCAAUAGUCUGUAAAUGGGCUGUUCUUUCUGGAGAUACACGACGGGAGACCACCUUCCCAACAAAAUACGUCUUUUUAUUCUUUUGUGGGAUGUAAGCAUUGAUGGAAAGGCCAGCGUUUGUUGCCCAUCCCUUAUUGCACUUGAAUUAAGAGUGUCAGUAGGAUUUAUGAGGGCAGUUAAGAGUCAACCACAUUACUGUGGUUCUGGACUCGCAUGUAGGCCAGACCAGGUAAAGAUGACAGAUUGCUUUCCUGAAAGGACAUUAGUGAGCCAGAUGGGGUUUUUAAUAACAAUAUCUACUAAUAAGGAAUUCCAACAAUUGAUUAUAUGUGACAUUUCUCUGUUGACACAAGAAUUUCCUGGGAUUGUUCUCUGUUGUAUUGGCAUACAGACCAACUGUGUACAUCAGACUCUGUUUAUGUACUAAGGAGCAAGGAGCAGAAGACAAAUUUUAGUCGGUAAAUCCCCUUUGUUAAAUUUAUUGAGUAAGUAAUGAAAAACAUUUUAAUCAAUGUAUUGCAAUCAGGCCAUUAUUGCUGCAAAAGAGUUUCAAUGGUAGUUCCCCCCACAGAAGGUAUUUCGAAAAUUUCUAAAGAGAGAAAUAGAAGUAUAUAGACAGUUGGGUUCAGGGAACUUAGCGAAUGACGGACCAAAAUAUUUGACUUCUGCUGUGCUGGCGGUCAUGCCUUUCCCAUGUACAGGAAAACAUGCAUCCCUUUGGCAAAUAUUCAACUUGUUCAGAGGCUUUAUUCUCAAAAAAAGAAUGUCAGGGUUUGAGUAAUUUCUUCUGAAACAUCCUGUCACUGCAUGCCAAGGGUUAGCAACAGCUAGUGAGCCAUGGUUUGCCAUUCCUGCUAAAAUGCUAUCACAUUCUUCACAUUCUGACACGCUUAUGUGGAAUCCACCUUAAAGUGCUGUUUUCUGACAGUCUGGAUCAUUGGAAUGUCCCACGCACAUAUUUGCAGUCUUCUGCAGGUAAAACUGCGGUCACUACACAGAAAGCAGUUAGCACGUCCAGUGGCUAUAUUGAUCAGCUGUGACCUGAAACUUUACAGAACCUCCCCUCAGUAAGCAGAAGAUGAUCUGUGUUCAUGGUGCCAUGAAGUGAAACGUAGGGUAACCUUUAUACAAUGACCUCAUGCAGCACCAAUCCAUUUCAGUCACCACCAAACAGUAUCAGCUCUGAGCUGCUCAAUCAUGUGCCUCGAGACUUGUGCCUCCGUGUUGAGUUGCUUUUUCAUUUGGAAUCUGGCAUCAGCUGAUGCCUGCUGUUUUCAGGCUAAAAUCAAAAUGAAUUUGGCUAAAGUGAUAGCACCUUGGUAACUUAGGCAGACAUGAAUGCAGGACUGUUGCAGAUUUAGAGAUGCAAUGGGAAUUUGCUUAGUGUUUGAAGAAAAGCGUGAAUAUGAACAUAAUGGAGAGAUUGCAGCUUAAAUUUACAAGAAUGGUUCCAGGGAUGAGAAGUUGUGAGAACAGAUUGAAGAAAGUGGGACCAUUCUCUUUGAAUGGAAGAAGAUUAAGAGAAGAUCAGAUAGAGGUUUUCUAAAUCAUGAGCAGCCUGUAUAGAGUAGAUGAGGAGAAGCUAUUCCCACUCAUAAAGGGAACAAGAACAAGAGGGCAUAGAUUUAAAAUGAUGUGCAGAAGAAGCAGUGGUUAUGUGAGGAACAAACCUUUUCAUUCACCGAGUAGGUAGGGUAUGGAAUGCACUGCCUGGAAAUGUGGGGGAGGCACAUUCAAUUGAGACAUGCAAGAGCGCAUUCGACAAGUAUUUGGAUAAAAGUAAUGUGCAAAGAUAUGGGAAUAAAGCAGGAAAUUAGCAGUAGAUGAUGCUCAUCUGAAGAGACUGUGCAGGCAUGACAGACUGAAUGGCCUCUGCACUAUAAGACCCCAGAGAUUUUGUGAUUUUUCUGCUGUCUUGGCCCCUAUAUCCCUUAUUGAACUAAGACUGAAGCAAUUCAUAUGCAUUUUAUGAUUUGCUGAAUGCAAGUUGGCUGCAAUAUUUACUUAAGUGGAACAAUUACACAUUAAAAAAAUGCGAUUAGAAAUCACUCAUUGUUUGUACAUUAUCUUGAGGGAAUAUUGAUACCUUUUCCUGAGGGAAAUAACAAGUGGCUAUGUAAAUUGAGGUUCUUUCCUUCUCAUUGGUCCCUCUACCAGAUGAGGAACCAGUCCAGUGCAAGAUACAUAGCUUGUCUGUGAUUUGGUGAUUAAGAAGUCUCUUCAAAGAGAAAUGACAGGGCAUGGUUGAACUGUUGAACAUUUCUUAUAUCUUGGGGCUAAGUUCAGACUGGUUAGCUAGUUCAACCACUUGUCUUAUUGUCUUCAUACCUGCAGUCUUCAGCAAGUCUCAACUGCAAAAUUGAAUCCAAACAUAAGGGAAGAGAAGGCAAAAGGCAGUUAGCCACUCCCCACGUGUAUCUCCCAGGGAACAGCCACACAGUGUUAGCUGGAAAUGAAUCUGUACACUGCUCUCAGAACGGUGUGAAACAUAGCAAGCUGAAAGGCAGAGAAGAAACAAAAUAGUUGAAUGGAGACUGUAAUUUGUGUGUGGCAUGAAUUUUCUUUUUUAUUAACAAUUUUUAAAAUUGUUGUCAUUUUGUAUUAAACAAUAGCACCUAUAAGCCUAAUGAUAUUAAUAAAAUGCCAUUUAUUUACA